GCGCCGGUUUCUUCCAAUUUGCCAAACAAACGGGCGAAAUGAUGGACUUUCUGGAAAGAGGAACAACUCAUUUAUAAAUUACAGUGGGAUUUGUGGAGUAUUCGUUCGUAAUUGUUGAAGAACACAAAUAUAAUCAUGGAUUGUGCGUGCUCUACCCUGGUGCUUUCGGUGUUUCUGUUUAUAUGCGGAUGUGGUCGCUUAGCAACGUCUGCGGGCUGCUCUGGCCUCCGGAGGGCGCUCUUGACAGACCUGGAAGGAACGGUCACGGACGGAGUAGGGUUUUACGAAGAAAAUGUCCACUGCGAGUGGCUUAUAGAAGCUCCGGAUCCUAACAUGACCAUCACUUUGACAUUCAAGGAGUUUGAGACAGAGUGUACCUAUGACUUCCUGACGGUCUACGACGGCGACUCAUUCACAAGUACCGUCCUGGGCACAUUCAGCGGCAACUUGGUACCGGGGCCAGUGCAAGCCAAAAGUGGCAAAAUGUUAAUACACCUAUACAGUGAUACAAAUUACCCGUUAAAUGGCACGACAGCGACGUACAAGAUACAGAACUGUUCCAAUGCCUGUUCGGGGCACGGCGUUUGUCAGAAUUAUCAGUGUGCGUGCGACUCGGGGUACAAAGGGAGUUCCUGCGAGUGGAGGACUUGCCCGUAUGAGUGCGGCCAGUCGAGCAGUCGCGGCAAUUGCGACUUCCUGUCACCGGUUCAGCGGUGUGCAUGUAGUGCAGGCUACGUGGGCGAGGGUUGCAGUCUGUCUACCAAUGACAACACAGGAUGGGGCGACACUGUACUGGUGUCUUCUGGGAUUGAUUCCAUCUUCAAGGCGCGGACCGGUCACACGGCCGAGUACCAUGAAGGCACAGACAGUCUGUGGGUCUUUGGAGGUUAUGACCUGAAUGGUGUUCUAGAUGAUAUUGUCAGGUACAACUUCACGUCCAACCAAUGGGAGAGGGCAGUGCCUGCCACGGCAACAAGGCCGACUGGCCGCUACGCACACUCCAUGGUCCUCUACUACGACGACCUCAUUGUCUUCGGGGGUAUCCUAGCCAACGGCUCACUUACCAAUGAGCUGUGGGCGUUUGACAUCACGACCCGCGUCUGGACCCUCCUUCCCGUGGGCAGUGACCUGGCUUCGAUGCCGCCGGGCCUGGCCGACCACAGUGGCACCAUAGUCAACUUCUCCCACCUUUAUGUCUUUGGAGGGAGAAGCCAGAACACCAAUUUUGUGGACGGCAUCUUUAAGUACGACCUGAUCCUGAGGUCGCGCUGGGAUGUCAUUCGGCCCCUGGGUGGUCGCGAGGCCGACGUCAGGGUCAGAGGUCACAGCGCCGUGUACCACAUGGACUCCCAGUCGCUCGUUGUCUUUGGGGGUUUCCGACCGUCUUCAACAAGAUUCAGCGAACGGUCCAAUGAGAUCUACGCAUUCCACGUGGAUGAACGCUACUGGAUGAAGUGGUCGGUGGACAUGAGCGGCGCCCCCAUGGGGCGGGCCUUUCACAGUGCCAACAUUAUCGGCAACUAUAUGGUCAUUUACGGGGGUAACGUGCACAGGCACUACACCCGACCUGAGGACCACUACCCGCCCACCCAUGAGAGAUGCUACGAUGAACGCAUCGAGCUUUUCCACCUUGGCUGUCACAAAUGGGCUGACUUUGAUACGCUGGCCCAAGGAUUCCAGUCUCCCGCUGAAACAGAACAUUUGCACCGUGUCACAAGAGGGCGCUUUGGUCACGCCGCGGCGGUCCGCGACGGCAGCACGCUUUUAGUCGUCGGCGGAUACAGCGGACAGGUGUUGCACGACCUGAUUGCAGUCAAGAUGCCUGGGACGGUGGCCGUCAAUUCCAAGUUGGGCGGCUCGAUUCUAGACCAAUGCGGAAUGCACUCCACGAAAGCAAUAUGCCUGAGUGAUCCCAAUUGUGGAUGGUGCGCGGCCAGUAGCAAUUGCCUCGGGCACUCGCAACAGAGUUCGUGCCCUGAGCCGCAGAGCUUCCUUCAAGGCUCCUGCCCCAGCAUCUGCAACAGCCUAGUCUCCUGCGAAGCCUGCAUCAUCUGGGGGAAAGGGGUCACGCUGUCUGACCCCUCAGGGUCAAGGGUCAAUGAGCAGUGUGGCUGGUGCGUCCAGGAGCAACAGUGUUACCCUAUUGGAGAGCCGGGUGGUGCGUGCGGAGACCAUUCGUCCAGCACCGACCCCACGGGAUGGUGGGGCCUGAACGGCACCUUCGUGACGGAGUUUGCCCAGUGCCGGCUGCAGGAUAUGCCGCCAGGAAUGACCUGGAUCAAGUACCGUCACCCGCAGAACACCACACAGCCAGAUGAGGUGACGAUCGUCGAAAAGACAGACAGGAGUUUCAGUUUUUACUACGUCAGCAUUCAGGAGGAAAAGACAAACGGCGGGGAGUACAUCGCGGAGUACAAGGGCUUCCUGCGACCGAACGAUGCGGUGCCUACCGGGGACGCGCAACUGCGCGUCUGGAUGGGCAGCUCCAACGCCAUUUCCUCGCUGUACCUCAGCACCGACGCAAAUCCGCAGAAUGCUGAGAGAGUGGCCUACUAUGCGUUAGAUGAUGAACAGUUAGUGGAAGCCGAACGCCCCAACAACGCGGCCGUCUUUCCAGUCAACUCGAAGACGGCGGCGUACUACGUCCUUCAGGAGGAGCGACAAGUUAUCAAGAUGAGCGCCGUGCAUUCCGUCAUGGAUCUGAAGUGGAACGGAAACCAUCCACUCGGGCUCGUGUCACAGACCUUCUCAAGGGAGUAUCUGCAACCCUACUAUUCCGGCGCCUGCGAUUCCUACGUCACCUGCUCCGGCUGCUUGACAGACGCGUCCUGUGGCUGGUGCCCGGCCAGCGAGACCUGCGAACUGCGCAGUAAGACCACUGCAGCGGAGGACCACUGCGGCACGGCUACCGGCGCCAUCAUGCACCACCUGAUCACGCAGUGGGACCAGUGUCUGGACUGUAAGCUGUACGUGGACUGCUUGUCGUGCACCGAGAAUCCUUUGUGCGAGUGGCUUAUUUCGGGAGAUGAUGUCAGGUGCACCAGGCGAGGGCGCUUUCUCACCAGCAUCAAGGACCCGAAUCAGUGCACUCUCAACUGCCACGAAUACACUAACUGCUCGGACUGUUCCAAGCGCACAAAGGAGUGUGCGUGGUGUGAGGAGACCAAGUCAUGUUUCACGUUUGGGACAUACGUAACAUCAUUCACCUAUGGCCAGUGCCCAAACUGGUUUGAUUUGAACAAGGCCUGUCCAUCGUGCGCAGCUCACACGGACUGCAAGAGCUGCCUGGCAGAUUUCAAGUGCGGCUGGUGUGGUAACAGGGACAACCCAACUCUGGGAAAUUGUCAAGAGGGUAACUUUGGCAGCCCAGACUCGGCCCAGUCCUGUAGCGCCCUCGUGGCUGCGCAGUAUAACAUCUCGGAGAGCGAGCCGGCCGAUUGGUCGUACCGGAUCUGCCCGGACGUGGAGGAGUGUAUGCUGGAAUUGGACGACUGCCACGCCAACGCUACCUGCGCCAACACGUUUGACUCAUACGAGUGCACCUGCAACCGGGGAUUUGAGGGGAACGGAAGAGACGAAUGCGUCAAAACGUGUUACCAUGAGUGCAUCCACGGCCGCUGCAGUGGGGCGCCAGACUACACGUGCAUCUGCGACGUCGGGUGGAAUGGGGAAAACUGCAGCACGGACUGCGAGUGUAAUUUCCACAGCACCUGCGAAACGGGGAUUGGCAUCUGCGACGAAUGCCAACACUGGACCAUGGGCCAGUUCUGCGAGCUGUGCCGACCUGGUAGCUACGGCAACGCCACCGACCAAUCCCAGGGCUGCCGGGAGUGCCAGUGCAACGGGCACGGCGACGCGACCCUGGGCAGCUGUCACAACGAAACGGGGAUCUGCUACUGCACCGAGAACACGAAGGGCGACCACUGCGAGGAAUGCGUGACGGGAUUCUAUCAUGACCCAAGAUUUGCCCAGCACUGCUCCCGCGAGUGCAGCGGCCGGAUGCUGCUGACCAACGUGGAAUCCGCAGCCUUGGGCUCAGGCCAGGGGGAUGGAGUGACCCUCUCCGAGGCCUACUGCCUGUGGGUGCUGACCGCUGGCGACAACUUGACCCACACGGCGGCCAUGACUGACCCACCAACUAUCAGCUUGACCGUUGAAGGCAUUGAGGCGCUCUGUGGGAGAGACUACAUGUACGUAUACGAUGGAAUACCAUCCUAUUUGUCCUCGUCGCACCCUGAGCUGGCCGGGGCAGACCUGGGGGCCUUCUGUGGUCAAGAUCCCCUGGAACGUGUCACAGCCGUGGCCCACUCCGGCAUCAUGACCGUCGUCUACCAGGCCAACCACACCGGCAGCACGGACUCCCCAGGCUUCGUGGCCAGCUACAGCGUCAACCGCUGCCCCGGCGGUUGCCACGGCAACCGGGAGUGCAUCCUGGGAACCUGUCGCUGCAUCAGCGGCUACCGGGGACCGAACUGCGAGGAGGAGGCUUGUCCGGGUAACUGCAGUCAGGCGGACGGUCAAGGGAUCUGUGACGAGGCCAUGGGCGUGUGCAACUGCAGCGCAGGUUUUGGCGGCGAGGCCUGCCAAUUCCCCACCUCCCCUCUGGCUGGGCUCAAGCAAGGCAUUUGGACCCUCCUGGCGGACGAGGCUCGGCUGGAUCCUGACGCCAGUUCCACGGUCGGGGCCGUGCCCUGCGGCCGGAUGGGCCACACACUUGUGGCCAGCGAGGCCAAUGUGCUGUGGUUGUUUGGCGGCUACUCCCACACCCACGGGCACCUAAAUGAUGUUUGGAGCUAUGACCUCGCUACAAAGAAGUGGAAGCAACACUUUUCGGGCAGCUCUGCCCACCCAGCUCCCAGACGCUACCAUGCGGCGACAUUCUCCUCAUCCUACGUGAUGAUUUCUGGAGGAAUGAAUGAUACGACAGUCAUGCAGGACGUGUGGUACUUUCACACUGUCAGCGAGAACUGGUCCCAGAUUCCAGCCGUUUUUCCUGUAGCACUGGCAGGCCAUUCCUUUGUUGUGGUCAAGGAUGAAACCUUGGUGACGAUUGGCGGCUACUCGCCGACCAACGGUCUCCAAGACAAGGUGCUGGAAUUCAGCGUUGCCGACAAUGCGUGGCUGGCUGUUCAAACAACUGGACCCCCUCCCACUGGUCUGUUUGGCCACAGCACGGUCUGGCACUCCACCACCAAGGCCCUGUAUGUCUAUGGCGGUUACCUCUUUCACCUGGACAGCGUCUUUGUCUCGGACAGACUGUACUCUCUGGACUACAGAAACUCGGUCAGAAGAUGGAAUCUUCUGCUUGCCGAGCCCGGGAACCAGCCACUUCCCCAUAUCUUCCACGCCGCUGUCACCACGUCCAAUUACAUGGUAGUCAUCGGGGGCGGGACCCCAACCCAGAACAUCUCCAACACGCUGAUGGCGUACCACUACGACUGCAACCAGUGGGUGGAUCUUAACGAUUUUGUAGUUGGAAGUCCCCCGUCACCAUCUGCGUCUCUGUCUGCUGCCAUCGUCACGGGCAACGCCAUCUACACGUUCGGCGGGAACGACGGGACCUCGCUGGGCGCCCUCUACCAGCUCAAUCUGCCGACGGACCUGUGCGCAUUGCAGACCACGACCGACGGUUGCCUGGGCAUGCCCAGCUGCGCGGCUUGUGUGGAGACUAACGACACCCAGAACCUGUUGUUCUGCAAGGCCAGCAUGGAUGUGUAUCAAGCGAGUUGUGACGGCAUCUACUCUUUGGAGCAAGGCAUCACCUGCAACGACGCGAGGGUGGAAUAUAGGAACUGCGGGGCUGCCAAAUCCUGCAGUGAGUGUGUCAUGACCCAGCCUGCACACUACACAGCUGAACAGACCUGCAAAUGGUGUUCCAACUGCCCUGACGGCGCGUGCAUAUCGCGCCAGCUGGACUGCAUGGAAGUACACAACUGCCAGGUGGACAAACAGAAGGAGAUCAGCGACGCCAACCAGUGCCCGGAGCUGGAGUGCGAGGCCAGUGACUGCGACAAAUGCGUCGCCGAAGACUGCAUCUGGACGCGCCAAUUCAAACGAGCCAGUGAGGUGCGACGCUUGCUCAACGCCAACCCCACCUACGACUGGAACUGCUUCAGGGAGUCACUCCUGCAGAUUGCGCCUGUUGACAUUCACAUUAGCUCCUCCCCCAACGAGCCAUGCCCCUCCCCUUGCUACACCCACAACUCGUGCACUGAUUGCCUGGAUUCCAAAGGGGCAGAGGGGGGCUGGCAAGAGUGCGUCUGGAGCGCCCGGCUUGGCCAGUGCUUGUCCCCGACCUACGUCCCCCUGGUCUGUUCCACCGGCGCCUGCGGUCCCCUGACCCACAGCGGCAGUCACAACUGCCCCCAACCCUGCUACCUGAACACGCAGUGCGCUCACUGCCUGCGACAGCCGGGGUGCGGGUGGUGCGCAGUGGGCCAGGGGAACGGGACGGGCGUCUGCAUGGAGGGGGGUCUGUAUGAGCCCACGGGGGGCGUGUGCUCGGCUGAAGGAGUCGGCUUGAACAACUUCCCCGUAGAAGGUGAGAUGGAUGUUUAA